GCUGCGGGCUGUCUACGGAGCGGCUGGGGGGGUCGAGCUCUGUGCGGGGGGUGGACUGGCGGGCCGGGGAGGCGGGAGCUGCGGGCGUGGGCACCGCGCACGCGUGGGGAGCGGCUCCCGGAUUCAGCGCGCCCGAAGGAGGGUGGCCUCGCUCUGCUCCGCGGGCAGGUGUGCUGGGGCUUCCCUGUCACGUGACGGAAGAGACCCGGGUGUGGGACGGGGGCCUGCAGACCACACCUCCUUCAGGCUGGAGGCCGGAGCGCGGGGGCGUAGCCAAAAAGACGUGACCCUAGAGGGUCUGGCCUUGGGAGGCCCUAGGGGGUGUUGGGCAUCCCUGGAAUUAGGGGAAAUUGGAGAAAACACCCAGCCUCUUAUUACCAUGGCAAUAAGGAGUCCGGCGCCCUUGGGAACUAAGGUCCUGAGGGAGAUGGAGGGGCUCGGGACUCCUGGGGGGAGCCCAGAUCCGAGCUUGAAACAAUGGAGUCGGGGCAAAUGAGUUCAGAGGUCCUUGGGUUCUGGUCCUGGCUGCGUCCCAAGUCGCAGUGAGCGCUCCGGCAAGCCCCUGCCUUUCUGGGCCCCCAGUUCCUGGCUCACCUCCGCGGGCCUCGAGGGGCCUUCGUGGUCCGAGGCCUCACCUCUCUGGUCUGCCGUAGGAUGGGCCUCUCCGCCGCAGCCCUGCUGUGGGGCCUCCCAAGGCUUCUCCUGACCAUCGCCCUGCACCCGGCUCUCUCCCCGUGCCCCGCCCAGGCCUCGGUGCCCGCGCACCGGGACUACUGUGUCCUGGGUGCCGGGCCCGCGGGGCUGCAGAUGGCCUACUUCCUGCAGCGGGCCGGUAGGGACUACGCCGUGUUCGAACGCGCCCCGGGACCGGGCAGCUUCUUCACGCGCUACCCCCGGCACCGCAAGCUCAUCAGCAUCAACAAGCGGUACACAGGCAAGGCCAACGCCGAGUUCAACCUCCGCCAUGACUGGAACUCUCUGCUCAGCCACGACCCCCGGCUGCUCUUCAGACACUACUCCAACGCUUACUUCCCCGAUGCCGGCGACAUGGUGCGCUACCUGGGCGACUUCGCAGACCGGCUCGGGCUCCACGUGCUGUACAACACAACCAUUGCCCACGUCACGCUGAACAAGGAUCAACGGGCCUGGAAUGGCCAUUAUUUCAUCCUGACCGACCAGAAGGGCCAGGCAUACCAGUGUAGCGUCCUUCUCGUGGCCACUGGCUUGUCAGUCCCCAACCAGGUUGACUUCCCUGGCUCCGAAUACGUGGAUGGUUAUGAGUCCGUGUCCGUGGAUCCCAAGGACUUCGUGGGUCAGAAUGUGCUGAUCCUGGGCCGGGGGAACUCGGCCUUUGAGACGGCGGAGAACAUCUUGGGUGUCACCAACUUUAUCCACAUGCUGAGCCGCUCCCGGGUCCGGCUCUCCUGGGCCACCCACUACGUCGGCGACCUCAGGGCCAUCAACAAUGGCCUGUUGGACACCUACCAACUGAAGUCCCUGGACGGGCUGCUCGAGUCUGACCUGACGGAUCUGGCCAUUGUGAAGGACCACGAGGGCAAGUUCCACGUCACCCUGAAGUUCUUCCUGGAGGAAGGCAACCGGAGUGCCGACGCCGUCCGCCUUCCCCAGGACGAUAACGACAACUUCGCCUUGCGCGUGGCCUACGACCGGGUCAUCCGCUGCCUGGGCUGGAACUUCGACUUCUCCAUUUUCAGCAAGUCCCUCCGACUCUCUGCAGGGGGUGAGCUCAGCAAGAAGUACCCCCUGGUCAAAGCCAGCUAUGAGUCCAAAGGGAGCCGGGGCCUCUUUGUCCUGGGGACUGCCAGCCACUCCGUGGAUUACCGGAAAUCUGCUGGGGGCUUCAUCCAUGGAUUCCGAUACACAGUGCGUGCCGUCCACCGGCUGCUGGAGCAGCGUCAUCACGGCGUCACCUGGCCCUCCACCGAGCACCCCAUCACACAGCUGGCCAGUGCCAUCAUCCGGCGCGUCAACGAGGCUUCUGGGCUCUACCAGGUGUUCAGUGUGCUGGCCGACGUGGUCCUGUUGGAGGAGAAUGCCACUGCUUUUGAGUACCUGGAGGAGUUCCCCAUGCAGGCGCUGGCCCAGCUGGAGACGAUCACGGGAAGAAGGGCAAGGCACGGGCUCUUCGUCAUCAGUAUGGAGUACGGCCGGAAUUUCUCUGGGCCCGACAAGGACGUCUUCUUUUAUGACCGCUCUGUGGGGCACACGGAAGACGCCUGGCUGUCUAACUUCCUCCAUCCUGUCAUCUACUACUACAGGCACCUCCCCACCGAGCAGGAGGUGAGGUUCCGCCCCGCAGGCUGGCCUCUGCCACGGCCCACGGCCAUCCACCACAUCGUGGAAGAUUUCCUGACGGACUGGACGGCCCCGGUGGGGCACAUUCUGCCCCUGAGGCGCUUCCUGGAGAACUGCUUAGACACCGAUCUCCGGAGCUUCUAUGCAGAGUCCUGUUUUCUAUUCGUCCUAACACGCCAGAAGCUCCCACCCUUUUGCCAGCAGGGAUACCUGAGAACACAGGGGCUCGUGGGAACUGAGAGCCUCCGCCAGCACGGCGUGGAGAGCGGGUUUCUGUGGGACUAUGCCACUGUGGGCCGGGGGGACAGCGGCCAGCAACCAGGCAACCACGGGCCAGGACAGCACCCUCUGGCUCCAGGGCCUCCGGUCUCGCCCUUCGACAGCAACAAAGAGGAGCUCUGAUGGCCAGGCCUCUCCCGCCCAGGCCCACAGUCGGCCCUGCCCUUUCGCCACGGUU